AUGGCACCAUAUUUCGGCCUUCGCGGGUCCGCCCUCAAUCGAGCCAUCAUUUGGCUGGUGGUCUGCCCAGCCUUUGUGACAUAUGGCUACAAUCAAGGCGUGAUGGGUGGGCUGUUGACUCUCAAGUCAUUCAGCAAGACCUUCCCUGCGAUGAACACUCUCACAACCAAGGGCGCCGAACGCCACUAUAAUUCCACGAUUCAGGGAACGGUGGUCGCCCUGUAUACGGUCGGAGGAAUGUUCGGCUCGUUGUCUUGUAUCCAGCUGGGGGACAUGUUGGGUCGCCGGCGAGUCAUAUUUAUCAUGUCGGCUAUUUCCAUCAUCGGUGCCAUUUUAAUGGCCACUUCUUUCUCUCUCGCGCAGUUUAUCGUCGCCAGGCUGGUCCUUGGGUACGGCACCGGAGGGUACGUGGCCACGGUGCCCGUGUGGCAAGCAGAAAUCUCCAAGGCCAACAAGCGCGGUGCUCAUGUGGUGACCGACGGCAUCUUCAUCGGUGCCGGCAUCACCUUCUCAUUGUGGGUUGAUUUCGGGUUUUAUUUUGUCACGGGAAACUCGGUGUCCUGGCGUUUCCCGUUGGCCUUCCAGAUUGUUUUGUCAUUGAUCGUGAUGUUCUUCGUCAUGCUCUUCCCAGAGUCCCCCCGGUGGCUGGUUAAGAGAGGCCAUGUCUCAAAGGCCCGCCAGAUUCUCGCUGCUCUGGCGGACAUCGAACCCGAUUCGGAGCAAAUCACGGCGGACAUUCGCGACAUUGAAACCUCUCUCGCCCUGUCCGGCUCAGGCUCCUUCAAAGACAUGUUAAAAAUGGGAGAGCAACGACUCUUUCAUCGUACAGUGCUUGCAGCCCUCGGCCAGACGUUUCAACAGAUGUGUGGUAUCAACCUGAUCACCAUCUAUGCCACGACCAUCUUCGAGCAAUACCUCAGGCUUAGUCCGGUGCAAUCGCGAAUUCUUGCGGCAGCCAUGUGUCUCACUCAGCCGCUGGGCGGUUUCCUGGCUUACUUCACUAUCGAUCGCCUGGGAAGACGAGCCCUCAUGCUGUGGAGUGCUGCGGGCAUGUCUGCAACGAUGGCCAUUCUUGCCGGAACCACCUCGAAUCAUGAAAGCACCAGCAUGAUGAUCGCCGCCGUGGUGUUUUUGUUUGUUUUUGAAUUCAUUUUCACCGUUGGCUACUCGGGGUUGACCUUCCUAUACGCGACCGAGGUGGCCCCCCUGCAACUGCGGGCAGCUAUCAGCGCCGUCUCGACUACAGCAGUUUGGAUGUUCAAUUUCCUGCUGGCCGAGGUAACCCCAGUGGGGUUUGAUACCAUCGACUGGCAGUAUUACAUUAUAUUCGCGGUGCUCAACGCCGUUAUCGUUCCAACGGUCUAUUUCUUCUUCCCUGAAACGAACGGCCGAUCGCUCGAGGAGAUCGACGAGAUAUUCCUGCAGUCGCGCAACAUCCUCGAUCCACCGCGCAUUGCUCGAUCCCUCCCCAAGAUGCACGUUGCCGACAAUCACAGUGUGGAUGAGAAAGUAAUCGACACUGAUGAUGCGGGGGUGAAGAAGGCGUCCAUGACCUAG